UGAAGGCGGCACAGAGGAAGCCCUCUUUGCAGCUCAACACGCAUGCGCGUUAUUCCUCCACUUUAGAGGGAGACAUGGCGACGUCCCUGAUCUGCGGCCGCUUGACGGCUAGCCUGAGAAAUUCAGGGGCCAGAAACACUCUCAGCUCCGCUUCCAAGGUUCUUGCUGGUUCCUCAGGUCUCUUCGGCGGCCAUGUGUCCCACCUGCAGCAGCAGCAGCAGAGGAACCUCUCCCUACACGAGUACAUGAGCAUCGGGCUGCUGAAAGAGGCCGGCAUCUCCGUGCCAGAAGGCAUGGUGGCCAGCUCCUCAGAGGAGGCGUACUCUGUCGCCAAGCAGAUCGGUUCAAAGGACCUGGUGGUGAAAGCUCAGGUUCUGGCUGGUGGCAGAGGAAAGGGGACAUUUGAGGGCGGACUGAAGGGAGGAGUGAGGAUCGUCUACUCGCCAGAAGAGGCCCGUGACAUUUCCUCCCAGAUGAUUGGUCGAAAGCUGUACACUAAGCAGACCGGGGAGGCAGGUCGCAUCUGCAACCAGGUGUUUAUCUGCGAGCGCAGGUACCCACGCAGAGAGUAUUACUUCGCCAUCACCAUGGAGAGGUCCUUCCAGGGUCCUGUCUUGAUUGGCAGCUCGCAGGGCGGCGUGAAUAUCGAAGAUGUCGCUGCCGAAAAUCCAGAUGCCAUUGUGAAGGAGCCCAUCGACAUUGUGGAGGGCAUUAAGAUGGAACAGGCUGUCAAGGUAGCAAAGAAGAUGGGCUUCCCGUCGGGGCUGGUGAACGAGGCGGCGGAGAACAUGAUCAAACUGUACAAUCUGUUCAUCAAGUACGACGCCUCCAUGGUCGAGAUCAACCCCAUGGUGGAGGACUCCUCUGGCAUCGUGAUGUGCAUGGACGCCAAGAUCAACUUUGACUCCAACGCAGCGUACCGCCAGAAGAAGGUGUUCGACAUGCAGGACUGGACCCAGGAGGACCCCCGGGACCGGCAGGCCGCCAAGGCCGACCUCAACUACAUCGGCCUGGAUGGAACCAUCGGCUGUCUGGUAAACGGAGCAGGUCUGGCCAUGGCCACCAUGGACAUCAUCAAACUCCACGGUGGCACGCCGGCCAACUUCCUGGAUGUCGGAGGAGGAGCCACGGCUCAUCAGGUGACUGAGGCCUUCAAACUCAUCACCUCUGACAGGAAGGUUCAGGCCAUCCUGGUCAACAUCUUCGGAGGCAUCAUGAGGUGUGACGUCAUCGCUCAAGGCAUCAUCAUGGCUGUGAUAGACCUGGACCUCAAGAUCCCCAUCGUAGUGCGGUUACAAGGAACGAGAGUGGACGAUGCCAAAGCUCUGAUCGCUGCCAGUCCGCUGAAAAUCCUGGCCUGUGACGACCUGGACGAGGCCGCAAAAAUGGUUGUAAAGCUUUCUGAAAUUGUCUCGCUGGCGAAGGAAGCUCAAGUGGACAUCACCUUCCAGCUGCCCAUCUAAGAAAGAGACCUGACCUUUGACCUCAAUGACUUCCUCACCCCAAACACUUCCACAGACGCCAACCACUCCACCUCCUCCCCCAUACAGACAGCAAGACGGGCCUCUCACACACCAGAGACGUUUAGUUUUCUCUUUCUUACUCUGUGGCAUGAUGGCAUGACUCUGUACAGGUGUCCAACAGGUAGACCACCACAACAGGUUACACUGAGAGAGAGAACAGCCUCCUUUUAAGUCACACUCGGAUCUGUUUCCUGUCUCAACCUUUUUUUGUCCCUCCACAUUUCCUCAAACCUACAAACUUAAUUUAUACUUGAGUUGAUACGCACAAACCUCCACUUUUAACUCUUUCACUAUUUAAGCACUUGUUGGGAAAUGUUCCUCCGCCCUGUGUGACGACGCUGCUUUCACAUUUGAUUGGUGCUGUUACAUCAGGCUGGUGCAGACAGGUGACUGGGAAGGCAUCAGGAGAUGGACUGUAAUCCCAUUACUUUCAUUAAAACACACACAUAGUUCUGCAUGAGUGCCUUUUCGGUGUCUUAUCUCUAUGUAGGAAUGUGACAGAAUAAAGUAAGAUUUGUCCCCACUGUGCAGAACUUUGAAGUGUUUCAUCAAACACACAAACAACAUGACAGAGUGACGUCUCAGUGAAACACAGCGGACAGCACCGUCUGCAGCAUUGAUUUAAUAAUAGUGUUCAGACAGAAAUUGCUUCAGAGAACGAGCUGUUGUUCCCGCAGACGCCUCGUCGUCGUUCCUUUACCAUCUAUAGACACAAGUGUUCAUCAGCUGGUUCUUACUGGUCGAACUGAGCACGCUUCCUUGGUCCAAAAGUGGAGACACAUAAUGUAAACCCUCCAUUAUGCUGUGAUGAUCACACUGAAAGUCUUCACUGGAUUCAUGUAUUUAGAAGUAUACUGCGCAGGAUAAACACUCACCAGCAGAAGUAAAGGUAAAAGCCAACCUCAGAUUCAGUCGUUUGGCAUUUUGCCUCCCUAUAUUUGCAUUCUCUCAGCCCUGUGGAUGCCUGUUGCUCACGGGUUGACACCACGGUUUGAAGCUAAAAUUGCUGUUUUUCUCAAUGGAGUCUGGUGAGUUUGACGAGAGCAUAGGUAGGAAACUGGAACCAUUGGAACAGGCUGUCUUAUGGAAAAAUUAAGUGUUAGAAAUACUGUAAAUAUAGCCAACACUUGAACUGGUAUUGGGUUUUUUAGGUGGCUAAAAUAUAUUUUCUGCUGCCCCCGUCCACAGCGGUGCAUUGCUUAGCUUACGUGUCAGUACUCCUGCCUGCUUCUCCAAACUGCCAUCUACUGCAGGUAAUACACUGACUGUGGAUAAGUCCCUCAUACAACCCCUUCAAAAAAUCUGAACUAUCCCUUUAACCCCACAGAGCUGCGAGCACAGCUGCAGGCUGUUAGUCUUGAUUAAACCACAGAUCUCACAGUGUGGACAAAUACAGCCAAAACUAUCUGCAUGGAGGUAUGUGACAGAUUUAUUAUCUUACCUUUAAACAAAGGGCAUCAGGUGCACGUGAGAGAACUUGCUUUUGUGCUUGUUUUGUUAGUGAAGACAAACGUAGCAACCUUUGCAUUUUUAGCUGGAAACAGGCACUUCUACUGGUUGGAAAACAAUCAGAUUUAUCAGCUGUAAUCUAAUCAUUCACUAUGAGUCAUCAUAAAGAGUCUCUGAGUACAAAGACAUUUAUAAAUGGUGAAAGCUAAACCCAAAGAAAUGUGAAAUAAAUGAAUCUCCAGCUUUAGUUUUGAGUGUCGGAGUUUCGGCUCACCUCCCAGCAUCCAGUCUCUGAAGGAUAAAGACCGCAGCAUUAGCACCAUUCUCACUGUUUACCCUCAGCUGUGAACACAGACCACAUUUGUCAGUCUAAAAUAUUAGCUGUGACACUUGUGGACCGCAGGCGCAUUGAUUGAUGCAGGGAUUUGUGGUGGGUAUUGAUGAACGGUACUGGAGUUUCCCGCUCUGCUCGGCUGUGGCGCGGCUUCAUGUGUGGUCGUGUUGAACAGAGGUGAUACAUCUCCAAUUUUUAAACAAGUCACAUGAAUUAUUCAGUGUUCCUGUUGUGGAGCUCAGCUUUCCCAGAGAAACGGCCCGAGGGGGAAACUUGGUAUGAUUUCCUGCGUUCACUUCGUCUCUCGCUCUGCUAAACAGGAUGCUUGUCUCUCUUGCUUCCCUCAUGGUUUGUUGUAGAGUGAGCUCAUGCGUCUUCUCACAGUCUGUUGUGUUGACCCCGUCCUGCUGAACUGAAGCAUGCUUUAUGAUGUUAGCUAACAGGGCGCACUGGCGUUAAGAUCAUCUCACAACCUCGACAGCGGGUUGAUUGUGCUGUUGGAGGCAGCUGUUGUAGAAGUCCCUGGUUUAAAAACACGACUGCAGCAUUUUAGCUUCACUCCAUCAGAGUUUUUCUGAAAGUUACAAGAAACUGGACACACUGGAGAUUUGUGUAUUUAUUAGGUCCCUCUGUUUCCUCCCUUUUAUUGAAGAGCUGCUGCAGAGUUGAACAGGGACUUCUGCAGAGGCUGCCGCUGUACAUUCAGUCUGCCAUCAUGCCACACAGUGUUUUUGUUUCUGUAUAUGAUGUCUGACCUCUCACCAGAACGGUAAAAUGACUGUAGUUUCUUAUCCCUUCUUCCUCUUCCUCCUCCUUCAGCGCUCCGAACACAAGCAGACAUUGUGAGUUGUACUUCAUUUAUUAUAUCUUGUAAAUAACCAAACGGAUGUUCUCUCUCUGUAAAAUAUUUAUGCUCCUCACAAAAGGAGUACGACAAAGAAAGACAAAAAAUAAAUGCAGAGAACACCAAG